GUUGUCUUACAAAACAGCUGGGCUCUGUCAGCUCUUACGAAGGAACGGCGUUUCGUGAGAUGGCUCCUUAGGCUUCUUCUGAAACUCUUCAAGCUGAAAGUCAUUCUAUCAAGGGAACACCACCAUGAAUCCUGACAAGAUCAUCUAUGUGAGGCUGAAUGGGGAGAAAGUUAUUGCAAAGUCUGAUAUUAUGUCCCUUCUAAAAACGUAUAACUGCUACCACGAAGGAAAAAGCUUUCAGCUUCGCACUCGUGAGGAAGAGGGUGAGCUGAUCGUGGAGGGUUUACUCAACAUCUCCUGGGGCCUCAAGAGGCCAAUCAGACUGCAAAUGCAUGAUGACAACGAGCGCUUUCGCUAUGCCUGCACGGGUGCGUGGAGGUCGGAGAGCUCAGAGUGCAGCAGGAAUGAAAAUGGUGAACAGAGUUUUUCAUACCAGUUUUCUUUAGAGCCCAACAACAACAAAAUCAGUGGUACACCUGAACCCAGUGUGGAUGUUGCUGAGGAAGACAUCCCUCAACUGCUGAGAACCAGAAGUGAUGCGAGCUUUGUAAAUAUUCAAAGACGAUCUAAAAUCCACAACUCUGCCGAUUCACAGAGAAUAAAAAGAAACCGCUUCUCCAUCAAUGGCCAUUUCUACAACCACAAAACAUCAGUUUUUACUCCAUCAUAUGGAUCAGUGACAAAUGUACGAGUGAACAGCACUUUAACAACACAGCAAGUUCUUAACUUGCUUCUUAAUAAGUUCCGGGUUGAAAGUAAGGCAGAUGAGUUUGACCUCUACCUAGUUCAUGCAUCAGGGGAGAAAACAAAACUGAAGGACACAGAAUACCCUUUGGUAUCUCGCCUGCUGCAUGGUCCAUGUGAAAAAAUCGCCAGAUUAUUUAUUAUGGAAAAGGACCUUGGUGAAGAGAUUACAUAUGAUGUUGCACAGUAUAUUAAGUUUGAAAUGCCCGUUUUGGACAGUUUCAUCAAGAAAUUGAAAGAGGAGGAAGAGAGAGAGAUUUUAAAACUGACAAGAAAAUACAGAGCACUGAGGUCAAUGAUAUUGCAGAAAUUGGAUGGCAUCUCUGACGGUGCAAAUUAUGUGUGAGAAAAUGUGCUGAUGGUUUAAAACACUGGCAUCUUUUCUAUUGUACAGUCGACAGCAGUGAGCCACAGAUAAUUUUAGGUUUUUAAUUUUUGGUGAAGACAUCAGCACAAUAACUAGUAUAUGAAAAGUAUAAUCUACUUGUAUCUAGUAAUUAACAGCUGAAAUGAAUUGUAACCAUAAUUCUCAGGUGUCACAAAAGACCUAGAAUGUUAUUUUAUGAUGCACUUAUGCUCCAUGAUUUUAAAAGACGUUACAUAACGUAUACACGCCUGACAUGUUUGUACAGUAAUAAUGUUACAUUUUAUACAUUUUAAAAUAAAUCUAAUAUAUAAGGAAUUGUUCACUCGGUCUUGUGUAUCAUCUCUGUUUUGCUAACAUACAGUGUCAUGUUAGUUUUGUACUCGCCUAUUAAAAGUCAGUUUGCCGUUAUGAUUAUAUUUCAAAUUGAUGCUAAUGAACCUAUUUAUUCUAUUACAAUACAGUCCUGAGGUUUUUCAUUUGAUUGCCUCAAAUCAUUGUUUUAUUGCUUGAGAAAAAAUGUUGUUUCCCUCACGUUCACAAUGAGCGUUUGUCAUUGUUCUUUGCGUGACCCUUGUUCCCACAAGCGCUGGAGUGCCCAUGUUACAUACUGGAACAAGGAACUUUACUUAAGGUGGUUCCGUUUCCUGAACAAGUAGCACAAAGAGAAAAAAUAAACUCAUAUAAA